ACCCUUUUCGCCUCUGAAGACGACAAUUUCAACGUUGCCCAACACUGCACAGUUGUUUUCGCGGUGAAAUGAUUAGAAUUGUUUAUAAACUGUUUCCACGCGUGAACUGUUCAAAUUCAGCCAGAAGGACUAUUUGUUUAACAGCUGCUAGGCAUGUGGAAGAAAGCAAGGACAGUGGUGACGCUCCCACAGUGCUCGUGGAGAAGGAUUCUCAUAUAACAUUGAUCGGCCUGAAUCGGGAACAAAAGCGUAACUCCAUCGAUGCACUCACUGCACAAAAACUGGGCGAAGCCAUCAGCCAGUUCGAGGCGGAUGAUACGUCUCCCGUGGGCGUGUUGUACGGCAUUGGUGGCUCCUUCUGUGCCGGCUAUGAUCUGGAGGAACUCCAAGCAGAGGCGGAUCGUGGCAGCCUGAACUUUCUGUUGCGUCAUGAGGGUUCUGUGGGACCCACACGGCGGCAUCUACGCAAACCCAUUGUGUGUGGCAUUAGCGGCUUCUGUGUGGCCGGUGGCCUGGAGCUGGCCCUGCUGUGUGACCUGCGAGUGAUGGAAGACACAGCUGUUCUGGGUUUCUUCAAUCGACGGCUGGGUGUCCCGAUUAGCGAUGGCGGCACAGUGCGUCUAGCCGCUGCAGUGGGCUUCUCGAAUGCCCUGGAUAUUAUUGAAACGGGUCGACGUGUCUAUGCCCGUGAAGCGCUGCGCAUAGGUCUGGUGAAUCGAAUCGUUGCCACGGGCACAGCCCUUGGCCAGGCCGUAAAUUUAGCCUUCUCGAUUGCAAAAUUUCCCAUGGGCUCGCUGAUGCACGAUCGGAACGCUGUGCUGGAGAAUGCGAAUACCUAUAACCGACCCGGUUUCUAUGCCGGCACUUACAAUGAAGUCAUGAAUGUGACAUCCGAAAUGGUCACGGACAUGCAAGAGGGCGUGAGGCGAUUCAAGACCUCUGAGGAAAAGGGACCCAAAACCGACUCGUGGCACAUCAAGGAGAAAACCAUUCCAGAUUGGGAGAAGGCCGAGAUCGAACUGGAGAAGCAAUUGAAAAAGACGUGAUACGAGCAGAAUCUGUAUAUAGUUGCUUGGGUUUUACAUUUAAAAUAUUACAUCGUUUACGGCUACAAAUUUACACCUUCUGCGGCUACCCGGCUACCCGACUACACUUAAUCCAAAAAAUUUGUCAUACAAAUAUUGCACAAAAAUGGAUCGGACUGUGACACCCAUUAUGCAUAUGCACUACAUAUGUUUUUUGCAUAUGGCAAAACCUUCAAUCAGUGGUGUGGUGGUACGUGUUCAUUACGCUCACUAAAAAUACGAUACGGCAUCUGUUCAGAAACCUAAAGAUCAUACAUACACAAUCAUAUCAUAUAAAUACAUUAUAUACAAAAUGAAAA